AUGUCAAAUAUGGUUAAUGAAUUGGUUCGUCUUCAAGAAGGAAUGGCUGUGUGUUUUCAUCAUGACAAUGAAAAUAAUUCAGAAAAAAUUACGAAAAUAUUCUUACUGGCUUGUACUUGUGAUAAACCUGCUACUUCACUUUUAUUAAAUCAUAAAGAAUCCACCGGCUUCUAUGGUUGCAUAUAUUGUACAAUAAAAGGUAGAUCAGUUGAAGCAGGUGGAACCACCAUUCGCUCGUUUGCUUUCAAUUCAAAAGAAAAAAUCAUUUUAAGAUCGAAUGAAACAUACGAUAAAGCAAUCACAUUUUUUGGAAAUAAUAAUAAACUGCCAAACUCUGACAAAGUUCUUUCAAAAGAAGCAAGUACGGCGUAUCUACAAGGUCUUAAAGGAUCAUGUACACUUCGACAAUUAUCACAUUUCGAUGUUUAUAAAUCUUUCUUAUGCGACACUCUUCAUAACUUGUAUCUUGGUGCAACAGCUAAGAUGCUAAAAUUACUUCUUUCGAAACCAUCAUCAAAAACUGGUAUUACUGAUGUAAUGAGUGUUCAUAAUCGAAUUGACAUUGUUGCUAAAACUUUCAAUACAAUGUCAUAUCCAUCUACAACUUAUCGUCGUCCAAGAGAUAUUCGACUUUUUAAAAAAUUUAAAGGGAAUGAGCUUAGAAUAUUUCUUCUUUUUGGUUAUUCGUGA